CUGAAAGUACCUGAGCAACAAUCGGAUUUGGGACGUAUCAAGCCAUGGCCUUGCGAGCAGCCCCGCUGUCGAGUUCCCGCCACAGCAACCAGAAAGGAUUCUUCAAGGACGAAGCGGCCACCAAGGCGCUCCCUGCCCUGGACCACAGUCGUUCAGGUUCAACCAACAAGCAGACACUGAAACCAGCGUGGGUAGCGUCAGCGACGACUGCGUCCGAACAAGGGGAGAAUCAAGUGAUCCCGUUCUCGUUCGACGAAGACGACGAUGAGCGCGACGGGGUGGAGGCGAAGGGCGGGGCAACUCCCAGUGACAGCGAAUUUGACAACGAUAGCGGAAGCGACAGCGAGUGCCAGGAUGACGCGAAGCAUGUGAGCGUGGCGUGCUCCGAGUGGCUCCACGCAGCGUCGAAAGACGACGCUCGAGAAGAAACCGACUCGUCCGACGCCAAGUCCAAGGACCAGCCCAACAACUCGACGAGUCGGGACGCUAGUGCGUCGUCCAUUGCCCCCCCCAAGUCCAAGUCGCAACUUGCGGCGUUGGACACGAAAUCGCUGGAGUCAGCGGCAGGAUGCAAUCAGAGUGCCGACGUCGAGUUCAGUCCGUUACACGCUCCUCUCGGCUCCAUGUUGACAGAGGGUUCCAUCGUUCGCUGCAACAAUGGCGCCAACAAAUUUGCCCCGCAGUACCAGUUUUUCCUCAAAAACAAAUUGGUGCUUUUGGCCGAGAAACAACUCCACAAUCGCACGUCCAACUACCACAUUUUCGACAUGUCCCGCGGGGGCUGCACCGGGCAAAAGCUGACCAAGAAGAGCGGCAACUACGUUGGCAAGUUGCGGUCGAAUUUCGGCAAGCACGAAAAUGUCAUGGUGAGCGCGCAGGCCGAGCGCAGUGAACUCGGUGCGAUCUUAUUCGAGGCCAAGGUAUCGAGCACCAAGCCGCGCAAGUUGACUGUGGUGUGUCCGCCCUUGUCGAGCCAAAAUGAAGUUAUUUCCCAGGGAGCCAAGCCCGACACGUUUAGUACGCUCUUGGACCAGCACAAGGCGGAUAAGCGCGUGACGGAACUCCUGACAGUGCUCGAGAACAAAGAGCCCGAGUACGAAAAGGGCUGCUACCGCCUCAACUUCAACGGCCGCGUGUCCAUUCCGUCGGUCAAGAACUUUCAACUGGUCGUGCGGGGCCAUGCCGCCAAGGGCAUCGUGCUGCAGUUUGGAAAGGUCUCUGACAAACUGUUCCACCUCGACUUCAAGCACCCGCUCACGCCGUUCCAAGCGUUUGCCAUUGCCUUGUCUCAGUUCAAUUAUUGAUCGCAUAUGCUCCCGCCUAAGCAAGCAUAGUGAAACCAUUACAAUUCGUUACUCUCAAUGUAGCUUUCACGUGAGAAUACUGUACCGAAGGUAUACACUACAUUCCACUAUGAACUGUAAAAGUAUACGGUACAGUUUGC